GGAGGCGUUUUUUUCCCCCUCCCUUCCACAAAAGCGGCUCCCGACCCGCUCUCCCGGAUCGCUCCCGAUCGUCUCGGGUGUUUCUGCUCGGUGAUCUCUCUUCCCCCCCCUCCCUCUCUCCGCCUCCCAGCCCGCUCACCCAACACCCCGCCGCCGCCGCCGCCGCCGGUAAAAAGAAGAGCCUGGCUUUAUGCAGCCCGGAGACCUCCUCCAAGGUCUUCCCGUCCUUUGUUUCUUUUCCUUUUCCUUUUUUUUUUUUUCUUAAAUGUAUAACUUGAUGGGUCUCAACAGCACAAGCGGAGCCAACCAGCCCAAUGUCUCCUGUACAUGCAACUGCAAGCGGUCUUUGUUCCAGAGUAUGGAGAUCACGGAGUUGGAGUUUGUACAGAUAAUCAUAAUCGUGGUGGUAAUGAUGGUUAUGGUGGUUGUUAUCACGUGUCUGCUGAAUCACUACAAACUCUCUGCGCGUUCCUUCAUCAGUCGGCACAGCCAAGGACGGAGGAGAGAGGAAAACCUAUCAUCGGAAGGAAGCUUGUGGCCUUCAGAAAGCACAGUGUCAGGAAAUGGUGUAACAGAGCAGCAAGUCUACACACCGAGACCUACGGACAGACUAGCCGUUCCAUCGUUCCUGCAGAGGGACCGCUUUAACAGAUUCCAGCCGACCUACCCAUACAUGCAGCAUGAAAUUGACCUGCCACCUACCAUCUCCCUAUCAGACGGAGAAGAGCCCCCUCCUUACCAGGGGCCCUGCACGUUGCAGCUCCGAGAUCCAGAGCAACAAAUGGAACUCAACAGGGAGUCGGUGCGAGCCCCUCCCAACCGAACCAUCUUCGACAGUGACCUGAUAGAUAAUUCAGUAUAUGGGGGACCCUGCCCUCCAAGCAGCAACUCGGGCAUCAGUGCGACAUGCUAUGGAAGCAAUGGCAGAAUGGAAGGACCACCUCCCACGUACAGCGAGGUCAUAGGUCAUUUUCCUGGCUCAGCGUUUUACCAGCACCAGCAGAACAACAGUGGCCUGCCUUCGAUACUCGAGGGGGGCAGGCUGCACCCUUCGUCACAAAUCAAUAGCCUUGAGAGCACAACGGCAUGGAACAAAGAUAAAGAGAAACAAAAAGGGCACCCCUUUUAAAAAAAAAAGAGGGAGAGAGAGAAGAAACAUGAAUGAAAGAAACACUCUGCACUUCUUGUGAAUGGGGCAAGGGGGGAAGAUAUGGAGAGACGGGGAAGCAGUGUACAAAACCUGGCACCCUUCUCCACCUCUGUGUAAUAUAAAUAUUUACAUGUUAUGUUUGGUCUGAAUGCACAAGCCAACAAAACUUGCAAAAACAUUUCUUUGUUGAGCUCUGUCUAGACUUUUUGUUUUUGUUUUUAAAGAAAUCGACAGCAGUCUUU